AUGGAUGAUAAGAAACCAGCAAGGGCAUCAGGCAAACACCUAGAUCUACCUCCUCCUUCACCAUCUCCUGCAGUUGUAGCUUUAGCAAUUAAUGGAAAGAAGAAGAGCAAAUACGUCGUCUUUUGGGCUCUUGAGAAGUUCGUCCCCGAAGGCUUGUCUGAUUUCAAACUUCUCUACGUUCGUCCUCCUAUCACCUACAUCCCUACCCCAAUGGGGAAUGCGAUAUCGAUAAAAGAGGUUAGAGAUGAUGUAGUAUCAGCUUACAGACAAGAUGUGGAUUCGAACACAAACGAGAUGCUUCGUCCUUACAAGAAAAUGUUCGAAAGGAGAAAGGUGCAAGUAGAGAUUCAUGUAAUUGAAUCACAAGAGCCUGCAGCUGCGAUAGCGGAAGAGAUUGCUGCAACCGGAGUCACCAAACUCGUUAUAGGGGUGUCUCUGCUUGGAUUCUUCUCGAGAAAGAUCGAUAUGUCUUCGAUGAUCGCAGCCGCGGUCCCGAGAUUCUGCACAGUCUAUGUUGUCUCAAAAGGGAAGCUAGCUUCUGUACAUCCUUCCGACUCAGACUCUAGUGGAAGCACAAGGCUCGAGAGGAUCAAGAGAAGCAGUUCCACGUGCGGCUCUACUGAUAGCCCUAGGGCCCGAGACUUUGCCUCGUUUGUUUCCGAAGCGCAUUCUCGAGUCUCUCCGUUCUCCCCUGCUCCGAAAUAUUUGACAUUCCCGGAGAUGAGUGGCAGCGAGGUGGUUCAAAUGGAUAGCAGUUCAAGCGAGACAGAGCAAUUGGAAGUAUCGGGAGAGAGUGUGAUGCAGAUUGUACGGAGCGGUUAUGAAGGGAAGAGGAACAGCAGUGGCAGUGAGAGCUUUAGUGCAUCUUUUCCGAUGGGACUUGAGGCGUUUCAUGCGAUGAGCUGGACUUCUAAAUGGAGAGAUCAUGAGGAAAGGAGAGAGAUAAUGAGCUCGUGUUCAAGCAACACUAUCUCGAAUAUGGAUUGGGGUGCAGUGGUUCCUGAUAACUGUUCUUUUGUUUCUCCUCGAACUUCUAACAUGUCUGAUGGACUCCUCAGUGUCCAUUCCGUGACCGAUAAUCACGUGAAUCUGAGCUUUGAGAUAGAGAAACUGAGAGCCGAACUGAAACAUGUUCAGGAGAUGUAUGCCAUGGCUCAAACCGAGACUGUUGAUGCAUCUGAAGAGCUAACUGAGCUAAACCAGCGAAGAUUCAAGGAAUCAGAAAAGCUUGUGGAGCUUAAAGAAAAGGAAGAAGUAGCUAAAGAUACAGCUUCAAAGGAUAAGGAGAGAUACGAAGAGGUGAUGAAGGAGGCAGAGAAGGUUAAAGAACUCAUGAUGAAAGAGGCUUUACAUAGAAGAGAAGCUGAGAUCAAAGCAGAACGCAAUGCUAAAGAGAAAGAUAAGCUCCAGGCUUCUCUCGUCUCUCCCGGGAUCCAGUACCAACAUUACUCCUGGGAGGAAAUCGCAGCCGCGACUUCUGACUUCUCUGAAGAUCUCAAGAUCGGAGUUGGAGCCUAUGGAACCGUCUACAAAUGCAAUCUGCAUCACACAACCGGUGCUGUCAAGGUCCUUCACGCAGGAGAAACUCAGCUCUCUAAACAGUUUGAUCAAGAGCUUGAGAUCUUGAGCAAGAUCCGUCACCCUCACCUCGUCCUUUUACUUGGCGCAUGCCCUGAACGAGGCUGCCUCGUCUAUGAGUACAUGGACAAUGGAAGCUUAGAUGACCGUUUGAUGCUAGUCAACGACACACCUCCAAUCCCUUGGUUCGAGCGUUUCCGGAUUGCUUUAGAAGUAGCUUCAGCACUUGUCUUCCUCCACAAAUCCAAGCCUAGACCCAUCAUUCACCGCGACCUUAAACCAGGAAACAUCUUGCUUGACCACAACUUUGUCAGCAAACUAGGCGAUGUUGGUCUCUCCACAAUGGUUAACCAAGAUGACGCUGCUUCCAAGCUAACCGUCUUCAAGAAAACAAGUCCUGUUGGAACACUAUGUUACAUCGACCCUGAGUAUCAGAGAACUGGAAUCAUCUCGCCUAAGUCAGAUGUGUAUUCUCUUGGUGUUGUGAUUCUUCAGCUGAUAACCGCAAAACCCGCGAUAGCCAUUACUCAUAUGGUUGAAGAUGCUAUUGGUGACGAUGCUGAGUUUAUGGGACUGUUGGAUGGGAAAGCUGGUUCUUGGCCUAUUAGUGAGACUCGUGAGUUAGCUGCUUUGGGACUGUGGUGUUCGGAAAUGAGACGCAGAGACAGACCAGACCUUAAAGAUCAGAUCAUACCGGCUUUGGAACGGCUUAGGAAAGUCGUCGACAAAGCUCAAAACUCGAUCACCCGAACUCCGUCUGGUCCUCCAACUCACUUCAUUUGUCCACUUCUCAAGGGACUGAUGAACCAGCCGUGCGUAGCUGCGGAUGGAUACACGUACGAUCGUGAAGCCAUAAAGGACUGGCUGAGAGAGAAGGAUACAUCACCAGUGACUAAUCUUCCAUUACCUAACAAGAACCUUCUUGCUAAUUACACUCUUUACUCAGCAAUCAUGGAGUGGAAAUCCAAUAAACAAUAGUGAGAGAGAGAGAUUUGACACUAAGCACGAUCAAUUCUAUCAAUGUGUUUACUAUGUUCUUUUUGUGUGUUUUCUCUGUUAUUUAUUCCUUCGUCUCUUUUCCGACAACUUAUCUUGUGUGCUGAGAUGUAAGAAUUACAACAAUAGAGUGGAGAGAAAGUGUCUUUUUAAGUCUCUUUAAACUUGUUCAUCUAAUCAAUUUUUUAUUCACGCUUGUUGGACAUCUCAGCUGAUUAAUCCACCAUCCGGUUUCACCUCCCAAUCUAACCAUAAAGUUUGUUGAUUCUGGAAUGAUUUAAAUCUAA